AUGUUGCCGAAGAAGAUGAGGAGAAGACAAAUGAUUCAGUUGUGGUCAUUAGUGUUGUUGUGUUCAAUACCUAUGAGUUUAUACAUCUAUACACAGCUGAGGGACAGGACGUCUCACUCGAAGCACUUCUUGGGCUUCACUGAUAGGGAGGCAAAACUGGCCGAAAGGGUCAAAGAAGUGGAACAACAGAAUCAGUUCCUGAGGCGACAGUUGAGUAUAUCGAGGGAGAAGUUGGUGUCCAUUAUGGCCGACACCGACGGCCAGAACGGCAACAACAAGAACGCCGACAAAUCAGAUGAAACUGUGAACAAACAGAACCAAAACAAUCCACAAAUCAAUACCAAUGAUAACUAUAUCAAUACCGAUUAUGAGAUAACGAUCGGAGAAGCGAUUAAUGGCUGGGAUUGUGUUUGCAUUGAAAUGACAUCAAUGUUGCCGAAGAAGAUGAGGAGAAGACAAAUGAUUCAGUUGUGGUCAUUAGUGUUGUUGUGUUCAAUACCUAUGAGUUUAUACAUCUAUACACAGCUGAGGGACAGGACGUCUCACUCGAAGCACUUCUUGGGCUUCACUGAUAGGGAAGCAAAACUGGCCGAAAGGGUCAAAGAAGUGGAACAACAGAAUCAGUUCCUGAGGCGACAGUUGAGUAUAUCGAGGGAGAAGUUGGUGUCCAUUAUGGCCGACACCGACGGCCAGAACGGCAACAACAAGAACGCCGACAAAUCAGAUGAAACUGUGAACAAACAGAACCAAAACAAUCCACAAAUCAAUACCAAUGAUAACUAUAUCAAUAGUAAUAGUAAUAAUUAUAAUAACAUUAUUUCAAACCCAUUAUCUGUGAACUCGGAGACCAAUUCGGGUCAAAACAAUGGCACAAAUUGCGAGAACAGUGUCCACAAAGACUUUGUGCCCAAAUGCGAGAUCAUUGAGAUAGUGAUUGUCUGCGCCGGUUAUAACUCGUCCCGAAGUGUCGUAACGUUAAUCAAAUCGAUACUCUUUUAUCGCAAAAAUCCGCUUCACUUUCAUUUCAUCAGCGAUUCAAUCGCUCACACAAUACUUCAGACACUGUUCAAGACGUGGUCAGUGCCGGGACUGGCCUUCAGCUUCUAUUUGGCGGACAAUCUUCAGUCGGACGUGUCGUGGGUUCCGAAUAAACACUAUUCCGGUGUUUACGGACUCAUGAAACUCGUGUUACCGAAAGCGUUGCCGCAAUCGUUGGACAAAGUGAUCGUUUUAGACACUGACGUGACGUUUGCCACAGAUAUCGCCGAACUCUGGAGUCUGUUCUCGAAGAUGACCAAAGAGUCGCUGGCAUUAGUCGAGAAUCAGAGCGACUGGUAUUUGGGGAAACUGUGGAAGAAUCACAGGCCGUGGCCGGCGUUGGGCCGCGGCUUCAACACUGGCGUCAUAUUGUUUAGUUUGAAACGCUUGCGACAAUUCAAUUGGUCGGUCAUCUGGAAAAUGGUGGCCGAGAAGGAGCUGAUGUCGAUGUUGUCGACAUCGUUGGCCGAUCAGGACAUCUUCAACGCCGUCAUCAAACAGUACCCGUAUUUGGUGUAUCGGCUCCCGUGUCAGUGGAACGUACAGCUCAGCGACAACACACUGUCCGACGCCUUGUGUUACACCGAAGUACAGGACCUGAAGAUUAUUCACUGGAAUUCGCCGAAGAAACUGAAGGUCAAGAACAAACACUUGGAGUUCUUUCGCAAUCUUUACCUAACAUUUCUCGAAUACGACGGAAACCUAUUGAGACGCGAACUCAUCGGAUGUAAUAAUACCAAAGAGAAUGCCAUGUAUUCCGAGUCCACGAAUCCCAUCAAUCUUCUCGACGAAGACGACCCGUGCUAUGAGUUCCGCCGGUCGAGAGUCACUCAACACAGGACUCACUUGUAUUAUAUUGAAUACGAUUACGAGCCGUCGCCCGAAGGCAAUGACGUGACUCUCGUCGCCCAGUUGUCGAUGGAUCGGUUGCAGAUGGUUGAGGCCCUGUGCCAGCACUGGGAGGGCCCCAUCUCACUGGCCAUGUAUAUGUCGGACUCGGAAGUGCAACAGUUCUUGGGCUACGCGCAGACAUCGGAGAUACUGCGCGAGCGGAAGAACAUCGGCUAUCAUAUCGUGUACAGAGACGGCCCCUUCUAUCCGAUCAAUCACUUGCGGAACGUCGCCCUCCAACAGGUCAACACCCCAUUCGUCUUCCUCACAGACGUGGACUUCCUUCCGAUGUUUGGUCUCUACGAGUAUUUGAAGCGAUCGGUGGCCGCAAUGGGUCUCGAGUCGUCG